CAAGAAGCAAAGCAAAUGAAGCGCCACUUGUUUCUUCCUAAGAGGAGCUCUCUUGUGUUGUCUUGAAGGGAAACAAAAUUACAAUGGCGUCCUCUACCAUAACCCCAUUGUCAUCACCAUUUCUCCGUAACAAGAGAAUUGAUUACUGCUCCCCUCGCCAAUUCUUCAAGAAUGCACCCAAUUCUCGAGCCAGGCUUAAACCCGUCGGCGCUGAACUCGCAGAAAAAACCGCUUUACAGUACAGGAAACUUGGAGAUUCUGACCUCAAUGUCAGCGAAAUUACCCUUGGAACUAUGACCUUCGGGCAACAGAACACGGAAAAAGAAGCUCAUGAAAUUCUUAGCUAUUCGUUUGAUCGCGGCAUUAAUAUUCUUGACACUGCAGAAGCAUAUCCAAUACCAAUGAGUAAAGAAACACAAGGAAGAACGGAUCUUUAUAUUGGUAGCUGGUUAAAGUCUCAGCCUCGUGAUAAGGUUAUUGUGGCUACAAAAGUAUGUGGCUAUUCAGAAAGAUCGGGCUACAUACGUGACAAUGGAAAGACUUUGCGGGUUGAUGCUGCUAACAUCAAAGAGAGUGUGGAGAAAAGCCUUAAGCGUCUUGGCACUGACUACAUUGAUCUGUUGCAAAUACAUUGGCCAGAUCGGUAUGUGCCCCUGUUUGGCGAGUUCUUUUAUGAUUCUUCAAAAUGGAGAAUCAGUGAGCCAUUUGUAGAGCAAUUGAGGGCAUUCCAGGAACUCAUUAAUGAAGGAAAGGUACGCUACAUUGGUGUUUCGAAUGAGACUUCUUAUGGGGUCAUGGAGUUUGUGCAUGCAGCCAAAAUUGAAGGGCUACCUAAGAUAGUCAGUAUCCAGAAUAGCUACAGUCUGCUGGUUAGGUGCCAUUUUGAAAUUGAUCUUGUUGAAGUUUGCCACCCAAAGAAUUGCAACAUUGGCUUGCUUUGUUACUCUCCAUUGGCUGGUGGAGCGCUCAGUGGAAAAUAUUUGGAUGCGAACUCUGAAGCUGCGAAAAAAGGAAGACUGAACCUCUUCCCUCGCUACAUGGAAAGAUACCAGUUUUCACUUUCGAGGGAAGCAACAGUGGAAUAUAUCGAAAUGGCCAGGAAGUACGGUUUAACUCCGGUACAGCUUGCGCUUGGCUUUGCGAGAGAUCGACCAUUUAUGACAAGUUCCAUUAUCGGCGCAACCUCUAUCGACCAAUUAAAAGAAGACAUUGAUGCUUUCUUGACAACUGAACGGCCUUUGCCUCCAGAAGUAAUGGCAGAUAUUGAAACUAUUUUCAAGAGAUACAAAGAUCCUGCUAUCCUUUGAGAGUCUGUAUCCUAGCUUCAAGGCAGCUUGAUCUUUUUCUUUUGUUCAAUUUUGGCCUAUGUAAAGCAUGUGUUUAAGAUUCAAAACCUGAAAUAUAUAUACUUUAAAAAACCGUCAUAUUACACCAAUUAAUCAAAAGCUUCAUUUCUUA